AUGGGAGAGGGUUAUUGGGAGCAGCGUAGAAGGAACACUCUAUCUGAAUUGAACAUGAAGCUGUUGGCUUUAGUGCUGGCAGUGGCCAUGCUGUUUGCAGUCGGAGAAAGUCUGCAGUGUCACCGAUGUGUGUCCAGACGCCCAGGGGAGGACUGUGAGCUCACUGUUGAGACGUGCAAACCAGAGAAGGAAGGCUGUGCGACCGCCAAGUUCACCCGUCCUCCAUAUGGUCAGUACCAGAAGUGCAUGGCUCUGAAGGACUGCGAGCUGCUCAAGAUGAACGCCUACAUCCAGAUGAAAUGCUGUGGCGAGGAUUUGUGUAACACCUUUUAA